CGGGACGAUGCAGACCCUCCUGUAUUUGUCAACAGUGCGAAGUUUGUAGCAGCCGUUAGGAAUUAUUCUACGACAUGGAAGUUAAGGCUAUAGCAACAUCACGACUAUUUGUAACAUCUUCCGUGGAAAAUAAAGACGAUUUAGAGGAGAAAUAUGAACGUAGUUACCAGUUCCUUCAGAGUAUCACUGGUGGAUUAAGUGAUAAAGAUGCACAUGAGGCCCUCAACAAGGCACUUGUAAAAGAGAAAGGUUAUGAAGAAGUGUCAUUUGGACUUUUAGUGACAAUACUAACAGAACCUCACAAUGCUGCAAAGAGUUAUAGGGACUUGACAUUAAUUACACGUGACGGUUUCGGCUUAAUAGUUACCAGUCUUUCAAAUUUAGUGCUCGAAAGGUAUCUGCGAUUCAAUGAAGUGGUUAAAUUGCAGAUAAUAUGGCUUAUGCGAGAAAUGAUCAAGAAUUCAGUUGGUGGUGUUGAUAAUCUAGUUUGGAAUUUGAUGCGGCACGCUGCAGGAGGUGAUGUAUCUCAAAAGAAUAUUAUGCUUACAGAAUCUUUGGUUGAUAUUUUCAUAGACUACAAAAAUUGGUUAUUUAAUUUUCCUAUUUUAAUAGCUUCGGUAGUUUAUACAUACUUGAGGCUAAUAGAGGACCACCAUGCCCCCCACUUGGCCAGCUUACGACAAAAAGAGGUGGCUUUUUUAAUAUCUGUUAUGCGAGAACAUUUUAACGAGUGUUUAGUUAUCGGGAGAGACUUGGUGAGGCUGUUACAGAAUGUUGCUAGAAUACCGGAAUUUGAACUUUUAUGGAAAGACAUUUUAUUAGCACCAAAAACUUUGUGCCCCAAUUUUACAGGCGUUUUACAAUUACUACAAAUCAGAACUUCCAGGAGAUUUUUGCAGUCGCGACUGACACCGGAAAUGGAGAAGAAAUUGGUGUUUCUCACGUCUCAGGUGCGAUUCGGUAACCACAAACGAUAUCAAGACUGGUUUCAAAGGCAGUACCUCGCAACCCCGGAAUCUCAAAGUCUCCGCUGUGACAUAAUUAGGUUUAUCGUGGGUGUCAUACAUCCAACAAACGAGCUGCUGUGUUCGGACAUAAUUCCAAGAUGGGCGGUCAUUGGCUGGCUGCUGACCACGUGCACGUCGACUGUGGCGGUGUCCAACGCCAAAUUGGCCCUGUUCUACGACUGGUUGUUUUUCGACAGCGAAAAAGACAAUAUAAUGAACAUCGAGCCGGCCAUUCUGGUGAUGCACCACUCGAUGCGGUCCCACCCCGCCGUUUCCGCCACCCUGUUGGACUUUUUGUGCCGGAUCAUUCACAACUUUUACCCGCCGCUGGCCGAGAAGGUAAAAUCGGGCAUUUUCUGCUCUCUCAGGCAAAUUCUGGAUAAAAGGGUGCUACCCUCCCUUCUACCUCUGUUCGACAACGUCAAACUGGACAGGGAGUUGAGGAACAUGGUCAGGGAGACCUUCAAGGAGUUCUGCAAUAACAUAGCGCUGGAAUCUUCCUCGAAACUGGAUGAUUUGAACCCAAGCCCCAUGGGGAAUUAUGAGGAAGACGGGCACGACACCGUGAUUAACAACCACGUUAUGGAUAACGAGCCCACGUUUAGCGACGAAGAGGACGAGCCGGCGCUGACGAUAAACCAUCCUGAAGACGAUACCGACGAUGAUGACAUCCCGCUGUCCAAGGUGCGUUUGAAGGAGAAGGGCGACAAAUCGGACGACAGCAUGGUGGAGGGUCCAAUUGGGGAGACGCUGAGCAAGCUGCAGCAGGAGACCAACAUGGAGAAGAGGUGUUGCAUCAUGGAGACCUUCGUCGAGCAGCUCCUGGAAGAGGAGGAGGAGGACGAGGACGAUGAUGAGAAGAUGCCGAACAUUGCGAAGGUGCUUUGCAAUUGCAUCCAAGGAGACCUGAAGGGCGAAAUUUUUCCGGGGGAUUCCAGGGAAGAGGGCCUUUUGGAUAGUAUUAAAUCUCCGUUGUUCGUUAUAUUUAAAACGUUGUACCGUUUAGGCAGCAAGGAUGAAGCUAGCAAGGAUAUUCUGAAUAGAUUAGCGGCGGAAAUGCACAACCACAUACCGGGCUUAGGAUAUUUAAUUUUGUAUUUUUUAAAAGUGCAAAUAAGGACAGAAAACAAAAAAGAAGACCAAACAAAGGCAAGUGCACUUAAAAUUAGUGUUUAUAAGGAUUUUUGUCAAACAAUUGCAAAGAAACUGGACCUGUGUUUAUUCGACGACUUAACCACUUGCCAUGUCAGUGAUACGAAAUUGAUGAUGUGGAUUGUGCCGGAUUUAUACAGAGACUUUAAACAGCAAACGUUAAACAAUGCUCAAAUAUUACGGGUGAUAAUUUCGGCGAUCGACUGUCGACAACUGCAGACGUUAGUCGGUAAGGUUUUGCAGGGACAUUUAGUUAUGUUCAAAAGUGAAAACAUAUUACCUCUGAUGAAAACUAGCCUGUCGUGGGAGAGCAUAGAACAGCUAUUUUUCUGGCAACUAGUUAACGCCCACGACAUAUCCAUAGACAUUCUUCUACCCUUAAUCAACGACUUGGACUACGAGCGACACGCGGAAGCUCUAACGGCAAUCACGCUUAUGCUGAAGCAAGAGAAGCCGAACGCGGAAUACGUGAAGCAACUAUUCUCCCGAGACAUUUGUGAUAGCAACGGCGACCACUUCGUCUUCACCGUCAUCAAGUACUGGUGCGACGAGUACAUCGACAAGGUGGCCGAGCUGAUCUCCUCGCUGCUGAGCACGCGCUACCCGUCGACGUCGCCCAACAAGCGAAAACGGCCCGGCAAGUCGCUGAGCGGCGCGACGGUGCCGAGCGCCGACCAGGUGCUAGGCCACCUGGAGCAGCUGCGCAUAAUCUGCGAGAAGCACGACUGCAUGGCCAUCUACACGUUGGACUCGAUGCAGAGGGCGCUCAGCAUCGCGCAGAACAACAGCAGCGACGGACAGCGCAAGCGGUUCAGCGAGCUGUUCGCCUUGAUGGAGGAGGAGGAGGAGAUCAGCGCGACCAAGAGCCGAUCGCAGGGGAGGGGCAGGAAACCGGCCAACAAACCUGCCGCCAACAAGAGGGCGCCCGUCAGGGACGUAUCGGAUUCUUCGGAGGAAAGUAGCGAGGAGGAAGAAAUUGUAAAGCCAAAACAAGCAAAAAAACGGAAAAAAGUGAUGUCGGAUAGUGAUUGACGGAAGAUAAUGAUAAAAGAGCAUAAUCCCCUCGGGGAGGAGGGGCAUGUGAUAAUUGUUGUCCCAUGGAUCGCCAUAUCAAAGAAGUACUUGUGAUUUUUAGCCGAAUCACCCGAAGGAGUUUCUAGGUCAAAAUAAUAACGUUAAAUAAAUCGCACUGCCGAAAACAUCAAUAAGGCAUCCAUUUGUCUUAAAAUCCAGUACCUUAAACAGUUUCUUAAAAAGAAUUGUUGUUAAUGAAUUUAUUUUGGUGUUAUUCAAACACUACAUUUUAAUGUAUAUUCUGUAUUUAAUUUUGCCUGUAAAUAUCUGUUAUUGUUAGUUUCCCUGUUAUUUUCUUUUUAAUUUCGGGGUCAUUAAAUGAAUUAGAGAGAUAAACCUUUUUAAAUGAAUUGUAUAUUAAUAAUAGUGUUUUAUUACAUUUGGAAAAGUAUGUAUAUAACUUGUAAAUAUAUUUAUAAAAAUCACUAAAUUCGGUAAUUAUUUUUGUAAAUAUUGUUUUUUGCAGACUCAAAAUACUUUGGUUUUAUACAACACCAACAAUUUAAACUUAUCAAUUUAUUUAAAUAGUUAAGUUUGACUUUAAAAUUAGGUUGUAAAAUAUUUUAAAUAUGCAAGCAAUUCAUUAUUGGGAACAUAAAAUUAAAAUUAUCUAGUUUAAGUUACAUAAAACUUACCAUAAAAUUACCAGUAAUAGAAUUUUCAUAUUAUUGAUAUGAAAACCUGUAAAUAAGAACUGUAAUUUACCCAACAAAAGCUUUUUACAUUCAUUAUUAAUACUUUUCCAAAAUUUAUGUAUUUUUAUAUUGUAAAAUAAAAUCAUUGAAAUAAAUAAAACACCAAAAUUUAUUACAAAAAUCUAUUUUUAAACUUUUAUGAAAAAAUAUUUUU